CAGAGAUGCCACAUGUGUUUAAACCAAUUAUAGCACUUAUUGAUGGCCCCCACUCUCUCGGUUUCUGCAUAUUUCCCCAGCGCGUCUGACGCGUUAAGCACUUCAUGGAGUUGGCUGCUGGUGACCAUUUGGGAAUGCAUCCAUGGUCCGCACUCACCGAUAGCUGCAAAAUGCCUCCUCGCAGCGUGGUUGCAGACUCGGAUGAUGAGCUUGACGAUUUAGUCUCGGUGAAAUCUAUCGAAGAGGCAGCCCAGCUCGAACGCAGUCCGGUCAAGACUACCAUCGAAGCACCAGAGAUUGAGCCAUUGACCCGUUCACCAAGCCCGACAGCAUUACAUAUUCAACCACCGCAAACAAGCUCUACAGACCCAUCAUUCUUCGACAGGGUGUAUGAUGAGCAGUGCAGGGCGCCUCACCAUGACCUAGUUGAAAACAUCAUUCGCCAGAGUCAGAAGGCAAAUGGCAGCAGUAGCGACAUUUCACUCCCAGCCAAAGGAAAGGGCAAGGGAAAAGCUCAGGGAAAUGUUUCUUCGGCUACGGACAUCACGUCGCCACUAGUACUGACAAAAUAUCGAAAGAGUCAGCUCACUCAAGUGAGUACCGCAACGGAGGUCAGCACGCCUAGAAAGUCCGCAAAAGGUGAAUGGGAUGUGCCAAGCAGCGGCGAUGAGCUGGCGCCAUCGAGGAGUGCGAGGAGCUCCAAGGCAAGAAACAAGACUUAUGGCAAGCGAAAAGGAGCUAGCCCUAGGGUCUCUCAGACUGGUAAUGUAGCGCCACGCUACAAUCAGCCAACUCCAGCAGCGAAAAAGCGGCAGGGCUCCCCAGCCGACUUGCUUGAUCCUCCAGAGUCACCAAUCUUCUACGUUGCAGAGAGCCACCUUACUGCUAUGCAAAAGCUGCAGUACGAGAAGGUUCAACUAUCACCAAAGAAUGCUGCUGGGCAAUUAGAUCCGGCACCAGUUACUUCAAUGCCACUACCACCUGCAAAUCACAAGUCCAGUGGCGCUACCACCAUUGCAUACUCAACUCCCAGCAGAUAUGCAUCUUCAAUUCCUAAACUACCUUGGCAGGAGCAAUCUACAAUGCAGUGUGAAAAUUCUGGGACCAUCAUCAAUGUAAGCCUUUUCGAUCAACCGUCGAUUCGGUGGCUAACAUGCCUGGAUCAGCUCAUUUCAUCCUCUCCGGACGCCAUCGUGUCUGAUAAUGGGAGAUCGCAGAGGAAGCAGCCGGAAUCGAGUACGAAAUCACCCUCACAGGCCAAGGAUAUCGAACAUAACAGAACGGCGAUCUCUUCUGUGAAAAGGAAAAGAACAGAUGCUAGAGAAGACAAUGACGAACUAGGACACCAUUCCUCACGGGAGUCCGAUGAGAUCGGCUUUCCCCGAGAAAUAGAUAAACCAAGACCAAGCCGUCGUAGGUCGAAACCGAGUAUUCUGGAACAUCAAAAUGAGGACAAAGACAAUGCAGCAGUGGCGCCUGUGGGCGACAACGGUGUAAAUUAUUUAGGCACCGCUGCGAGUGACGAAGCGAAUACAAGCCUGGCCGUCCCCGAUAGCACUAAGGCUUCCAUAUCUCAAACGAAAUCACUGUCAAAGAAGCGAGGACGGCCGAGGAAAAAGACUGCGAAUGAUGACAUUAGUCCGGAAUCGGUAUCCAGCGAACAGCAUGCCUCUAUCGUCCCGGACUCCUUGCCACUUCCUGCGGCGCCUCCUGUGGAACGGGAGACGAAGACUCCAAUGGGGAAUUCGAAGAGGAAAGCAGGUCGUCCAAAGAAACAGCCAGUAAGCAAGCAGAUCGUCCGUGAUGAAGAUGGCGAUGAGCAGCCUGCAGAUAUUAUUAUUCCAGUGUCAACAGUCACAGAGGAGGCAACGGCGAUGGCCGUUCCAGCAGAUGGGUCGAAAAAGAAACGGGCUCGUCCGAAGAAUUCGGAAACCACCGAGACCGAAAAGCCUGCCGGCGAUGCUGCAAAGGCAAUAGAUGUCGGCAAUUCGUCUCUAACAGGAAACGACCCGAAUACACUAGAUGUGCAAGAGGAUAUUGAGCCUGAGCCCGAGAGCAAAAACACGAAGCCGGCUGCUCAGACUGCAGGCCUCAGCGAGGUAGCCCGCAAUAGCCUAGUCCGUUCGCAUUCAACAAUCUCAGAUCCGGAUAAAUCGCUCAGUGCCUUGGCCGUUAAGCCGACGGCCUCGCGAGCUGGCAAGAUUCAUCUGAUCGGGCCAGUCUCAGAUGUGGCAGUGUAUGAUGGUAGAGUACCCUCAUAAGCUGGUAUACAGAAGGAUGUAUGGGAAUAUUCAGAUCCAGUUUCAUGAGCCCGUCAUGUCUUUUGCUUCGAGACCCUGGGGGUGAAGAGCUUUGUUUUCUCUGCUAUCUUCAAAGAGCACGCAGGUUUCAAGACAUGAUGAUGUCACCAACAAGGGCGCCCUGGCUCAGUUUACCAGAGAAGAUGCAAUAUGCUCAGGCAAUGGGUGUUCAUCCGCCCCAUGCUGUAGCUCCAGCAGCCGCUUCGGGGCCGCUGCCCACAA